CAAAGUCUCAUGGACUGUCGCAGUGCCUCUUUAUCGCUCAUAUUGCUCCAAGCUCAAUGCCUCGCUCGCGCUUGGAGUGGAUUCUGCUGGUGUGCUGGUUCCAUGGUUAUGCGCAUCGUGCAGGGUAACAUCGCGAUAUGACUGCCUUAUGUCAAAUCGUUAUCCCCACAAACAACCAAUGUUUAUUUGUCUGUCAAACAUGGUUACCAGCUACCGCUAGUAAGCUUAUGAUCUUUUCAGCGUAUCGGCCUCGUAACAAAAGAUGGCAUCGUCGUCAGCGGAGCUCCAGGUAUGAUGGUCAUGGCUUGGCACGUUUUUUGAGACAGUCGACCCUCCGUUUGUGCAUCGAGUCUUCCAGCCAAUGUGUGAAUGUAGUAAUGAAGUGGAGAAAAUUUCUGGGAAAUUUAUUUUGUCUGUGUGCGAACCAGCUUUCAAGUUCCUUUCAGCUUUCAGUCAUGUGAAGGGCUACUCUGUCCGUAUCUAUCGAUUCGCCAGGAGAUCUGAGACCAUCAGUCUUCCUUAUAACUGGAAAUUCCUGAUUUGAUGAUGAAGAGCCUCUUUCUGGGCGAGUGUCUUUUGGUUAUAAGAUAGUAUUGUAAUAUAUAAUUUGUGUAUUUUCU